AUGCACUGAUUUGUUAUCCAGCAGGAAGGCUCACCCUGUUGCAUGUCACUCCUGUAAAAACUAUCAGUAAUAUAAGAGUGAUGCAGAAACAGGCCUCCUGCUGCUGUAAGGUUCCUGUGUGAGUUGCUUGGUGUUACAGGGUGUUGCAGGGUGCAGUGUGGGGUGUAAACACAGCAGUAAAGGGGGCUCCCUGUGCCCCUGUGAAGUGAAGCAGCCUUGGUCACACCCUGAUGUCGUCUCCUCCCUCCUCCCUCCUUCUCUGCCCGCCAUGUUCUGGAGGAGGAGGAGAGACGUGUAGCUUCAGCUGGAUUAGCAUUAGCUCGGCGGAGGCGCAACAAGCUCUCUGAACGCCUGAAUAAGUUCUCCUUAUUGAUCCCUGGUCUGGAUCUGGACCAGUUCUUUAUGGUUUAACAUCUGUGGACUAACGAGAGAGCCUGACAGACCCUAACAGACAUGGUGAUGGCGUGGUCAUGCGUGCAGCGGGGGCUGUGUGUGUGGAGAUGGUUUUAACAGACGCUGUUUUGGAGGACUCAGGAACACUGCACUGGCCUGGAGAAGCCUCAUAAACAAACACACAACACACACACACACACACACACCUGUACAGGAGAGCGUUUACUCACAAACACGCCACCGCCGUGCCUUGACGAAGGACACAGGCGCACAGACACACGACACAGACGCCCCCCCUCCUGUGUGAGAGUCUACUUUUUUCCCCCGCUGUUGUUCCAUCUCCACCGCCAUCAUGCCGAGCGGGAUCCGGCGGCAGAUGAAGAACAUGGUGAACAACUACUCUGACGCAGAGAAGAAAGUCAGAGAGGCCACCUCCAACGACCCCUGGGGGCCGUCCUCCUCGCUCAUGUCCGAGAUCGCCGACCUCACCUACAACGUGGUGGCCUUCAGCGAGAUCAUGAGCAUGAUCUGGAAGCGGCUCAACGACCACGGCAAGAACUGGCGCCACGUCUACAAGGCGCUCACGCUGCUCGACUACCUGAUCAAAACGGGCUCGGAGCGAGUGGCGCUGCAGUGCAAGGAGAACAUCUUCGCCAUCCAGACCCUGAAGGACUUCCAGUACAUCGACAGAGAUGGCAAGGACCAGGGCAUCAACGUCCGGGAGAAGAGCAAGCAGCUGGUGGUCCUGCUGAAAGACGAGGAGCGUCUCAAAGGAGAGAGGUCUCAGGCUCUGAAGACCAAAGAGCGCAUGGCCCAGGUGUCCACAGGGAGCAGUCAGAUGGGCUUUGGCCGAGGCUCGUCCCAGCCCAACCUCUCCACUUCAUACAGCGAAGAGUACGGCAGGUCGGAGGGCUCACCUGCCUCCUACCAUGGCUCCACGUCUCCACAAGCGGGUUCAGAACUGGAGCAGGCCAGACCUCAGACCAGCGGUGAGGAAGAGCUGCAGCUGCAACUGGCUCUGGCCAUGAGCAGAGAGGCGGCAGAGCAGGAGGAGCGCAUCCGCAGAGGGGACGAUCUGAGACUACAGAUGGCCUUGGAGGAGAGUAAGAAAGGAGGCCCAGACUCUGGGAAACUACCCAAGAAGAAGAGAGAGCCUCAGUCAGCUCUGAUGGAUCUGAUGAAUGUCCCCGAGCCCGGAGCCACCGCUGACCCCUGGGGUGCUGGAGCUGGAGCUGCAGCAGCUGCUCCUCCAUCAGAAGACCCCUGGCAGCCGUACGGGUCUGCCCCUAAGCCAGCCGCCCCAGUGGACCCAUGGGGCGCUCCUCCCUCUGUCCCACCUAUGAAGAGCAGUGAUCCCUGGGCUUCAAACGCCGCUCCUGCUUCUGAUCCCUGGGGCUCCGCUUCCGCCCGCCCUAAGACUUCCAACCCAGGUAGCUUUGACCUGUUCAGUGCAUCCAACGGUACGUCUAAAGAGGACUUCUCUGAGUUUGACAGCCUGCGCUCCUCCUCCUCUGUCCCCACUGGUGACGGGAUCAUAGCCUCCUCGCUCCCCUCCCAGGCCAGUCUGGCCAGCAGCGGCAGCAUGGACCUCUUCGACCCCCUGCCCGGCUCCAUGUCCGGCAUGACGAACCCCACCAGAAAGACUCCAGAGUCCUUCCUGGGUCCCAAUGCUGCUCUGGUCAAUCUGGACUCUCUGGUGACCAAACCGGCUCAGCCAGCGCCCAUCAUCAACCCGUUCUUGGCUGCGACCGGAGGGCGAGAGGCCACGUCCGCUCCAGCUCCAGCAAUCGCCAACCCGUUCCAGGUGACCCAGCCGGCGCCCCCCACCCUCAACCAGAUGCGCGUCAGCCCCAUGCCCGCCAGCUUCGGCGGCAUGGCCGAGCCCAUGUCCCUCGCCUCCGUGCCGGCUCAGCCCAUCACCAUGGUCCCCCUGGCCGGGAUGACCCCCAUGGGCCGCGUGAUGCCCGGGAUGGGCGGAGCGAACGCCGGGAUGAGCGCGAACAUCCCCGCCUCCAUGUCCAUGCCCCAGCCGCUGAUGAGCCUGCCGCCACAGGCCGGGGCGCAGCCCACCGGAACCACCAACCCCUUCCUUUUGUGAGGGGGGGUGGAGUCAACCCUGUCUUCUUUCCACUUCCUGUUUCUCUCUUCCACUUUGGCUUCAGAAUAAACAAGGAGACGUCUUAUCCUGUUAUAACCACGUCCGCUCCAGGUCGUAGUCACAGCCUGGCCUCCUCCUAACACACACUCCUCCUCCUCUCCUCUGUGCUACAAGCUGCCUAGUCCUGUUCCUGAUGAUCUGACCCUGAUGAUGACCACAAACCGUUCUUUACAGAGACACCGUGGUGUUUACACUUUUUCACCCUGCAGAGGCGAGGAGAGAGGGGCACAGUCCCUCCUCCGCUCCCUGCUCUCGUUCACUCGCCUCCUCUCCUUCACUCCUCUCGUUUCGGAUCACUCCUUCUUUCUCCUGCAGUGGAGGGACAGGAGGUUUUGACUGUACUAACGCCAGGAUCUUUAUCUCCUCACUAGAGCUAAUCUUUUAUAAGCCCUGUCAGCUGGUGUGUGUGUGUACGUUAGUGUGUGUGUGUGUGUGUGAGCAGGCGAGUGCACAUCAACAGUACUUUUACACUGUGUUUAUUCCAGUGGGUUCACUUCCACACACUGGAGUAAGAAUGAGAGAAAGACGGAUGUGUUUUUACUCUGUGUGUGUGUGCGUGUGUGUGUGUUUGUGUGUGUGUGUGUAACUAAGCAGGGAUUUUUGCACAAUUCUUUUCCUCCUUUUAUUUGUGUUUCCUUCUGCGACUGUUGGGCUCACCGUUACACCUUAGCUAAGCGAGGGCGAGGACACACACACACACGCCUCUGCUCUGCGCUCCACUCAGUCACGGUCUCGUCUGGUCGGCCCCCCCCGGACCUUUCUUUUGCUCCCGUCCCUCUGCAGGAACUCCGACCCAGCAGGAGGUCGCGACACGGACCACGGAUAUUUAAGAGGAGAUGAACCCCUCCAUCAAGGGGUGUACGAACUGUGUGUGUGUUAUAGUGUGUGUGUGUGUGUUCUCACACGCACUGUUAACACUCAGAUACUAACACCACGUUGAUGUUUGUCAGCACGUCUCCCCCCCCCGGUGUGUGUUCACAGGGAGAGACAUGAACUGUGAUGGCAGCAGCAUUUUGAACAUGAGGAUGCAGUGAUGCAUCAUGGGACAGUUUUUUUUUGUUUUGUUAGGGUCAAAGGGAAGAGGGCGGGCUGUGUGUGUGUCAGUGUGUGUGAGUGUGUGUGUGUAUCUGAGAGAUGUGUUAGCGUCAAAGUGUACUUUCAUAAAACUCUCCAAGACAAAGCGACUUAGCGGGCGUAAUGUAGACAUCUGCAGCCUUAACCGUGUGUGUGUGUGUGUGUGUGUGUGUAUGAAUGAGUGUGUGUGUGUGUGUACCCAUGUGUGUGUGUGUACACCACCGUGUUGCGAUGGUGACGGAGAGAAAGAGCAUGUUGGCGACCCGGCACCAUGAAGAGAGUUUACCUCUGAGUGGAUUUACGGGGCUAAUCUAUCUUCUAGAACAUUACCUGGCAGACACACACACACACACUCUCUCUCUCUCUCACACACACACACACACUCCUGGGGUUGGUCUAUUGAUAGCACAGGGAAUCCUGCAGCAGACAACAGCUAACACACGUCAUGUAAGGAGCAGUCUGUGUUCUUUAUGUGUGGUUAGAUUAAGUCGAGCCUCUCUGGAGCCGUGUUUCUUCCUCACUCUCUCCUCCUCUUCUUCUUCUCUCACCCUCAUCUUCCUCUCUUAGAAGCACAACUGUUACCAAAGUCAAAGCGACUGUGAUGUGAGGACUUUGAGAUGUUCUAACAGUUCUGUUUUUGGAGUCAUGCCUCCUGUUGUUACUUGUUUUUGUUGUGGAGGGAAGUGUUACAGCGAGCGGAGCGUCCCGGUUCUGUUUGUGGAUUUAAAAAAAGAAAAAAAAAGAAGUGGGUUCCUGAAACUCUCGGUGCGUUCGACCCCCGUUCCUUUCUCUCUUCUGUAAUCUCUUCAGCUCUGUCGAUCACUGCCAACGUUCUCACCGUGGAGGGUUUCUUCUUCUUCUGUCUUGGUGUGAGGUGGCGCCCUCUCCUGGUCUACUGUGGUAUGGUAGCUACAUUUUGCGGGACCCCUUGAUGUUUCCACUAAAAAGCAGACCUUCAUUUCUCUCAGGCAAACGGAGGGGCAGCUCCAAACCGUGUGUGUAUGAUUUUGAUGAUGAUGAUGGUGAUUUUUAUGCUUGUUUUGGGGGAGGGGGGGAUUUGAUUGGACACUGACUUGCAGACCAGCAAACAUUUUUAUCCACUAAAUAUGCAACAAUCUGGAAAAGAAGCGCAGAAGACGCUCCAUGUGUUAGAUUUGCUAAUUAAGUCUGUGUUAUGAUAUCUAGCUGAGACUCGCCGCUCUCACGCCGGCCUUGAUUUUACCCCCCGGCCUGACUUUUACCUUCACUCCGGUGACGGCGGGAGAGCGAGCGACGUGUUGAGUUAUUCAAAGUAAAAAAAGGUGAAGAAGAAAGCGAGCACUCCUAACCGUCAGAUGACACUGCAGGUCGUCACAGUGGUCGCUCUGGUGCAGUGAAUGUGGCCUCCUGUGUGUAGCGAGCUCCUCUGCGUGUUACUAUGUAUUCACUAUGCUUUUAUCAAGAGGACUAACUGACCUUCUGGACGUCCGUCUGUCUGUCUGUCUUUAUAUGCAUAAACAGCUUCCUUUAAUCCUCUCCAUGUCUGUCUAUUUACCCUUCUCAUAGUACUGGGAGCAGGCUGCUUUUUUUAUUGGAUACGUGCUCAACCUGUUGGCAUUAUAACUGUAUAAUAUAAUUUAUCAUUUGUACUAUUGUAACAUACUGUUCCUCUGUAUACCUUAUUAUUCUGUGUAAUGGGUUUUUGUAGGAAAAGUCACCGUGGUAUUUUAACGGCAUCUAAACAAACGAACGCAGCGCGCCGAAGCCUGUCGGACGAGGACGACUGUCGCUGCAUUGGUUCAAAAUAAAAUGUGUAUCACUUCAGA